AUGUCGGCCAUUCCAUCCUUUCUUGAACACUUGCAUGAUGAGAUAUCAGAUCUCAAAUCAGGUCAUAUUUUCUCGCUGCCCGGAAUAACGAGUGCACCUCCCUCCUUGGAACAGAAGGAUUGGAUCGUCAAAUCCUCCUCAUGCCAGGGCGUUGCCCCCUUGGGAAGUACAGCUGGUGGAAAAAUUGCGGAUUGGAGAAACGAAACACCCUUAGGUGAGACAAACAGCCAUCGGAGAUUCGAAGGCUGGAUGGACUUGAAUGAUAAAGGAGCGAUCGUGACAAGCAUUAAUUGCACAGAAGCUGCAGCCAACUGA